AGGAAGAUAAGUAAAAAGUAUUUAUUAUCUAUCAUUUAGUUGAAGUGCAUCAAUUCAAAAUGAAACUCUUGGUGAUAUCAUUGGUCUUGGCUGCCGGUUAUGCUUCUCCACACGAUAGAUCCCCAGAUAUAAUUCCAAUCGAUGGAGGAGUGAAAGGAGACGGUGUAACGACUCGUUACUGGGACUGCUGUGCACCAUCCUGCGCAUGGGACGAAAUCGUUCACACCAAAAACGGGAUCCCCAUCCAGACCUGCCAAAAAGACGGUAUAACACCCAGUAGAAAAGAAGACAAUGCGCAAUCGGGCUGCGUGGAGGGUGGUCAAGCUUACACUUGCACCAACCAAUCCCCCUACCUCGUCAACGAGACCCUGGCUUUUGGAUUUUCAGCUUCUUCCUUCAACGGAGGCAUAGAUACUGCGCAAUGCUGCAUGUGCGUACUGCUCUCUUUCAAAGACCAGUUGGCUGGCAAGCAAAUGCUGGUGCAACUGACCAACACUGGAUCUGACUUGGGGCAGAAUCACUUCGACAUCGCCAUUCCCGGAGGAGGAGUUGGAAUAUUCACCCUUGGGUGCUCUACUCAAUGGGGCGUCCCUGAAAACGGCUGGGGAGAGAGAUACGGUGGAGUAACUUCCAUAGAGGAAUGUGACGAGCUGCCUGAUGUUCUGCAAGAAGGCUGCAGGUUCCGCUUCACGUUUAUGGAAGGUGUUUCCAAUCCCGCUGUUUCCUUUUAUCAAGUUAAGUGUCCUGCUGAGCUGAUAGAUAUUUCAAAAUGUGGAGAUUUGGAUUGAAUAAAUUAUAGUUGAGGAAA